AUGGGUUACUACCCCAAAGUCUCGCCCUGGUCGUCACGCAUUCACCUGGAUGUCACUCCCACUACCGAGCUUUUAUCACCUCCGUUGUCACCUUCCAUACCAUACCAACAACAAUGCAUAAAUUCCACGGACGAAAUACCUGAUUUAUCGUUAGCCCCUUCUGAAUGCUCGUUAGUCUGGUCUGAUUACCGUGACAUUGGUGGCGACUUGUUUGAUCUCGAAACCGUGUACUUAUCACCUCCAGCAAGUGACGACGAAGAGGCAAGCUGCUGCCAGGAUAAUACUAUCACUAGUUUACAAGGUCUGAAGCUGCCAUUGUCGCCCCUGGAAUCGCUGGAUGGUGAUGAUUAUGCUAUGGUCACGGACACGAUAUGUGACACCAUGAUAAAUGAUGAGACGAAAACUGAAGGGGACGACAAAGCCCGGGAGGUGGAACCUGCUGCUCAGAAUGGUGGAUCUGGUGAUGGAACUGGUAUGAAGGGGGUGGUCACUAGAACGGCACGUAGAGACGCUGGUGUUGACGUUGCGGCAUCUGUGGACCAUGCUGUCCUUCACCAAAAUAUGAUGAUACAAGAAGACGAAAUUGAAGAAGACACCAACGAUAAUGACGAAGAUCCCGACUGUAAUGAAGACACCAAUGCCUACAAUAACGAUUCAGACUAUGACGAUCAGCCACCAAAGAAACAAGAACCCAACACUCGUCGUAAGCGCCAACACCAUAUCCUCACCAUCAAUGGUCGAAUAAAUAAACGGUCUCUAGCAGUAUUCAGUAAAGUAUUUCAAGUUACGUGCUAUCCCGAAACCACUAUUCGAAACAUGCUGGCUGAGAGGUUGGAUAUGACUCCACGGGCUGUACAGAUAUGGUUUCAGAACAAGAGACAGCAGAUGAAGGCUCUUGGAGCCGGUGGAGGUUUGAGGAGUAAAAAGGGUGGAAGGGGACGGUAUAAGGAACCUGAUUGGCAGAAAUUGGUCGCUGCGAAGCUGCCAAUGGAUGUUGCGAUGUGGUGUGAUGAGCUGGAUUUGACAAAAAUUGUGAAGGUAUAUAGUAGUAGUGGCGUGUUGUAA